UAUGUAUUACACGAAUAAAGAUUCAACGUAUGGAACUCAGUCAACUCCGUCUUCCAAUAAUAGUGGAAGUAAAAUAUAUCAUAAUAGUAUUAGUUCGUUAGAGGACAGAUCAAAGAGUAGUGGACGAUCAUCUGACAAUGUCAAUACGCUGGAAAAGAAGUUUUUUAGAAAGAAACUUAUGAAAAAAUGUAUUAAACAACUGAAGACAUUUGUUCCUUUGAACAAAACAAGAGGUAGAACUGAUACACUAUCGGCUCUGAAACAUGCUGUAAAUUAUAUGAAUAAGUUAAAAGAUAAUCAACUGAAUGCAAAUGAAGAAAGAAUGGAGGAUAAAUUAAGCUCAUGUGGGUUAAAAUUACCAAUAGAUGCAAAACAAAAAUGGUAUAAAUUAGUACUAUCCGAUACUGAUAUGACACUAUUGGAAGCACCAGAAGCUUUAUUGAAUAGAAUAUUGAAUUAUCCAAGAAAUUUUUUGAUAAGGAAGCCGUUCGUUCAAAUACUUCAUUCAAAUGAUAAAUGUACAAUAUCAACUUGCUACUCAAAUUGUAUUGAUGCUAGAUCGAAAGACGAGGCGAAACAGAGGGAAGAAGAUAAAUUAUAUCCAUUCUACUUUCGACUAAAGAAAUUUGAUUUAGCUAGUUUUGCUAGUAAACAAGAUGAUUUUUCUGUUUUUAGUGGUGUUAUGUAUCCAACAACAGAUGAUAAUAGUAAUACACAAUCAAAUGACUGGAUAAAUGAUAAUGAGAAAACUUAUACUUUAGAAUGCAGCCCGGUUGUUAGCUCUUAUACAAAUGGAUUUUCUCCAAAUGAAAGUAAAUUCAUGACACGACACACUGUUCAUUUGACGAUUAACUUUCUGCAUCCUCUUGCCGUUGGUUUAACUGGCUUUCUUCCACAAGAUAUUAUAGGAACGUCAAUACUUGAUCAUUUCCGUUCAAGUGACUGGAAUUCUAUAAAAGACUCUUUUGAACAUGUGUUAACCACUGGACAUCGUUCAAAAACAAAAAUAUAUAAAUUUCGCAUAAAGAACGGUUCAUUCAUAACGACUAAGAUUGAAUGGUCACCAGUUUAUAACAUUUGGUCGAAAAAAUUGGACUUUAUUGCUGGAAAAUAUACUGUUAUUGGUGAACCAGAAAACAAGAACAUUUUCUCGGAUAAUUCAAACUUAAUAAAGCAUUCAACAGCCGAAAAAGAACUGCAAUCAACUGUUAGGCGACAUAUUUUUGAAUUAUAUUUAAAUACAUCUUCUACUUCCGGAAGUUCAACUUUUUUUGAAACAUCAGAAUUUUACAGUACAUCGCAAAAAACGUCAUCAGAAAAUCAAUUUAUAGUUGAAACGUCGGAAAGUGAAAAUAACGAUGAAACUAAAAAGACAGUAGACGAUAUAAAAGCAUCUUCGCUUAUCUAUAAACAACUAAAUUAUUACGAAAUGUUAAACAAAUUUCUCAAACUUCUACCGGACACAAAUAUUUCACUGCCAAAUGAUAAUCCUUACGAUAAGGGGUCAGGCGUUAAAGUUGAUAUAACACUUAAUGUGCCAUUGCAUAAACCACCGAGUUUUGCUAGUAGUACCAAAGCAUUUAUAGAAGCAUCAGACCAAGAAGAGGUUAUUUGUCCACCAUCGCCAAUUAUUGAAGAUGAUUAUAAAAGUUAUAUGACUGAGGAUGCAUUGAAUAAGCCAGUUAAUUUAACAAGAUCCGUCUUAAAGGUUCAUAAUAAAAGAAGUGAACAACGUUUUGUUGAGAGCAUGAUGAAUGGAAUAUCCAAUGAUCUCAUGAUAACUAAGAAUGGCACGUUUCAUAUUAAAUCAACAAAGGGAAGAAUAUCAAAAAGACGAAUUAGCGAUAGCAUUAACAGCAGCGAGACGCCUUUUAAACCAAAACGGAUGAGAGACUUUGAAGGUGACUACACGUCUGAGAGAGACAAUGCUCGUGAUAAAUUGUCAAGAAAUAAACAUUUUAACAAUGUGGAGAAUAGAGAACGUGAUUUAGAAGUUUUGGAACGAAUCGUUAAUUGUUUGGCUGCAGAAAAUUCAAAGGAAGCAACAAAUGGAAAAUUAGAUGAUGUCUUUUCGCUUCACCUGGCCUACUUUAAAGCUUUUCGUAGUAAAAGAUUGGCGGAGGAAACGAAUUGUUUUGAAAAUAAACGAGGCUUGACAGACGAUUCAUACUUAUAUGACAGAUGUUCUAAAGGAGAAUUGCUGUAUACAAGAGAGAUGCAUUCUACUUGGAGUAGUGAUUGUAAUUCCAACUUAAAAUAUGAAGUUAGGCCACAAAUUGAAAAUAAUAACAGUUUGGAGCCUAUUUAUCAACCGUCACCCCUAAAGAAACAAUUUAUAGAACUUUUAAACGACAAUAAAGCCUGUUCUAUUGGAUCUGAAAUGUCGAAAGUUUGCUCAGCAUCAUGUUCAAAAUUUACUUUGAAAAGUGUUUCAAACAAUAACAUAAGCGAAGACGACAGUGAUUCCAAAUGCAAUGUUGAUGAUAAAAAGACAAAUGAAAGAGAUGAGGAAGCUGUCUCCAAUGAAUUAAUAAUCAAUCUUGCCAAACAUAAAGAAACUAACAGUGAAUCAUCAUCAGAAGGCGAAAGAGGUAAAUGUUCAAGUGAUAUGACGUCAAGUGACAAUAGAUCUCAAGAAGGUAGCUCUUCAUCAAUGAAGGAGAGUGACAAUCAAGUCGAAACUCUCAGGUGUACAACAAAGCGACUUGUGAAAACUAAAAGUGACAGUCACCUUUCUAAAUUAGUCGAAACUAGGAGUGAAAAUUCUUCAUCGUCUUCUUCAAACGAUUGGUUGAAUGGUAUAUUCACAGAUUUGCAUAUAAGACGAUAA